AUGACUGCGCCGGGCAAAGGGUCGCGAUGGGGAGCGUUCCUCUCGUCGGCCUUUGAAGGUGUCGAGAAUCGUCUCGACAACUUACUGGACGAAGACCAACAGGCAGCACAAGGAUAUGAGCAGCAGCAGGGAAUGAAGGCGGCACCCUCGCCAUCACCAUCACCAAGCCCCAAACCGACUGCAUCUGCUGCUGCCCCGAAGCCCAACCGUGCCAAUGAUCGUCUACAAGCUAGGUUGGCCAAGGCUAUGGCCUCGCGAACCUCACAAUCGUCUCCUCGCAGCUCCAUCGAUACUUCUCGUAGUUCGAUUGACAAGGAGCGCCCUGCUAGCACUGAACCCGUAGUGAUGAGACAAAGCAUCGAAGUAUCGGAGAUCAAGCCAACUGAACCCGCCAACCAAGUCGACAAGUCAACCUCUGACAGCUCAGCUUCCGCCCCCCCAGCUGAACAACCAGCGACAUCUGAGGGAAGCAACAAUAGGGAGAAUAGUGAACAAGACCUCAAGCAUGAUUUCCCCACCCCGAUUAUCGUUGAGCCGCCUUCUAAGGCCGAACCUCGAAGUGCACCAGAACAAGAAGUUACGGACAAAUCCGGCAUCCAGCAAAACCUGAACAGUCCAAUACCAGAUACCAGGCAUCCUGUAGAGGCUCCACAGAUCGUAGAGGCUCCAGUUGAAGAGUCACAGAAAGACCAGAACGCCACUCAAGCCCACGCGCUUCGUUCAGAAGAGAUUCAAGAGUAUAUUGAGCAAAUCGACUCACUACAAGCCAAACUGCAAUUUCUAUCUAAAAAUGCCGCCGAUGCAGCUAGGCAGACUGCAAAUUCUGCUGAAGCGGGUAGUGUAGAGCGCAAAUUGGCCGAAAAAGAUGAGAAGAUCGCUCUGCUAAUGGAGGAAGGACGAAAGCUUUCAACUUCAGAGCAAAAGUUCCGAACAACGGUUCGCAAGCUGCGCACCCAGAUUAUAGACAACGAGAAACAGGCCAACGAACUAAAAAAAGGUAAAGAAAAAGCUCUAGCCGAGGUGGAAUCCCUACGCAGUCGAAUCAACAACAAGGAAGAGCAAGAGAAGAAAAAUGAGGAAGUGCGGAAAGCGAGCGCUACGCUCCAGAAGGAAAUCGACGCCCUGAAGAAAGACAAAGCUGUCAAGGAGGAUGCCUAUCGACGUCUGGAGCAAGAAUCUAAAGCUAAGGCUGAACACAUACAAGCCACCCACACUGAGGCGUUAAAAAAGGCGCUAGAUAUUGAGAAGAACAAACAGCAGGAACUUGACCGUACUAUCGCAUCACUGCGGUCGGAAAACGAGGCAUUGGUUGAGAAAUUGCGCCUGACUGAGGUUGAGUGGCAAGAGAAGUUAGACCGGGCAUUGGAACGUGGCCGGAAUAUUGAAGAAGAGCUAAAACUCGAGCUGAGAGCGGCCGAGGGCAAACUCGAGGCAAUGAGAGUGACGGCCGAAGAGGCUUCUGCAGGAUCUGGCGGUGACAUCAAGUUGAUACGGCAUAUUGAAACCCUCCAAUCGCAGUAUGCAUCGGCCAGCGAGAACUGGCAAGGUAUAGAGACCUCACUCCUGACUAAGGCUGCCAGCCUUGAAAAGGAGAGGGACGAAGCGCAACGGCGAGAGUCAGAAAUGCGGAAGAAGGCUCGUGACGCGGCAACUCGAUAUAAGCGACUCGAGGAUGAGCUUCAGGACGUUAGUCCAGCUCUCACAGUCGCUCGGCAGGAGCUCGAGACAUGUCGUGAAGAGCUUGCUGCCCUCAGAAUCCAACACAAGAGCGUGGAGACGGCCCUCGAACAGGCACGCAACGAGCUCGAGAAGCAGCAGCGAGUGGCGAGCAGGGAGGUUUCGGCCGAGGCCGAACGAAGGCAAUGGGCAGACGAUGUUGCUACAAGCACACCCCGGUCCCAGAGCAGACCCGAUUCCCCAUUGCUCUCUGUUGCCCGAACCUUUAGCUCGGACUUCAUCGGGCUUCCUGUACCAGCAAGACAGCAUCGUCGAGUGCCCACACCGGGAAGCCAAACCGAAAGCGCCGGCGAUGGCUUCUUCUUUGGACGAAGAAUGUCCAGUCAACCUCCUCGCCCUAGUGCUUUGUCCACAGCCGGCCAUGCGAUACCUCCCCCACCCCCUUUCUCGCCGUUUGAGCCACCUACCGAGUCACCACGCGCCGCAUCUCCGCCACCAGAUCGUGAUGAUGGUCUAGAUGAUGGUGACCCUUCAUCUCCCCGCAACGUUGCGCAAGACAUGAUUUCGGUCUCGACAGUCGGGGCUGGUCCUUCUGUUCAGCUCGUCGAGAGAAUGAGCGCGGCAAUUCGACGACUGGAAGCCGAGAAGGUGGCUGCCAAAGAAGAGAUGGCUCGUGUAUGUAGCCAGCGAGACGAAGCGCGAUCUGAUAUUGUGAACCUGAUGACAGAGCUGGAAGCACAAAAAUCCGCUUCAGCAAGGGUAAAAGAGUUAGAAGCAGAAGUAGAGAACAUCAACUCGCGAUACCAGACAACAUUAGAGAUGCUGGGCGAGAAGAGCGAGCUCGUUGAGGAGCUCAAGGCUGACGUUCAGGACGUCAAGGACAUGUAUCGCGAGUUGGUUGAACGGACCGUGAUGAAGUAA